ACUUGUAGGCCUAUUGUUUUGUUGUUGACUCAUAACUAGGUUAUGAUGCCCAUCCUUUCGUUCUUCAUCCUAAGAUUUUUUUUUCUUUAAUACCUGAUGCUAAGUUGCGCACUUCAGCACGCCGGUUCUCUAAACCUGAAGGCCAUUCGUUUGCAGCUCCUCCCACUCACAAUGCCUGAACAGACUGAGGUUGAACGUGCUGCAGCAGCGACUGAACCGGUUGCUGCUGGAGCUUCAGGAGACGCUGAUGCAUCAGGCACUGACAGUGACUCUGAUGUUAGCGUACCAGAACUGCUGGACGACACUGGUGCUGGAUCUGGCAUUAACUUCCCUGGUGGUGCAGCUGCAGCUGCCGCUGCAGGGCUUCCAAUUGACAUCAGCAAAGCCAAGCAAACCCGCGGAGAAAAGAAAGCCAGGAAAAUUAUGUCCAAGCUUGGUCUGAAACCGAUUCAAGGAGUCAGCCGAGUUACUAUCAGAAAAUCAAAGAACAUCCUCUUUGUGAUCAACAAGCCUGACGUGUUCAAGAACCCUGUAUCUGACACCUACAUUGUCUUUGGAGAAGCCAAGAUUGAAGAUCUCAGCCAGCAAGCCCAGGUUGCUGCUGCAGAGAAAUUCAAGGCUCCAGAAAUCUCACCUGCUGCAGAUGUUGGUGCUGGCACCACUGCUGUUGCUCCCAUUCAAGAAGAAUCAGAGGAGGAGGAAGUUGACGACACUGGGGUUGAAGAGAAGGAUGUUGACCUUGUGAUGCUGCAAGCCAAUGUCAGCAGAGCUAAAGCCAUUAAAGCCCUCCGCAACAAUGGUUACGACUUAGUAAAUGCAAUCAUG